AUGAAGGAGAGGAGUAUUGCUUGUCCUCUCUUUCUCUUCCUCCUCCUGUCAAGUGCUGGUAUUGAAUGCUCAAUCUCGUCUACUUUCGAAGAGAUCAGAAGACCUCAUGCGGUAGUUCAGCGGCUGUUCGAGCAGGCGUCGCAAGCCGGCACAGUGCGGGGUGACUUUGGUGUUGUGGAGCAUUUCGAGAAGACUUUGGAGGGCAAGUGGGACCAAGUUCCCUUGUUGAACGAUGCGAAGAAUGUGGAGGAGAUAGGAGAUGGGGUGCUGGUGCGAUUCCGAGGGAUGAUCCAGAACAUUAUGAACAUAGAGUUCUAUGUGAAGAGCGUCAAGAUAAAGGAAGAGAGGACGGGAGAGGUCAAGCAAGUUUCUUGCAAGUAUAAGGAUUCCUUCCCCUCCAACAUGCUGGAAAUUCCGGAUGUUAGCGAUUCUCGGACAGCUCGAAAACUUGGAGAGCGAACUCCUUGCAUUUGUUUCCCUAUCCCAGGCGAGACAGAUUGGGUGAAGAAGGCUUUCAGUGCGUGUGCCCCUCCCCUUCCUCUGCGAUUCGAAGAAGAGGAAGUUGAAACGAAAGAGAAAACUUCUGGAAAGAGAACUUUUGAACCGGGAGAGGAGACGGGGACAGUGGACGCGGGUGAAGAGACGAAGGGAGAUGGAGCUGAAGAAGUUAAGCGUCAGGAAGAAGCAUUAAUCCAGCAAGAAGAAAACAAUUCCUCCUCCAUUGCAUCGAAUCGAACUCUCAAGCCCACAAAGAUGUUCGUCCUCAGGGCAGGAAACCAAAGCAGCGUGCUGUUUCCUGAAGGUUUCUCUGAGGAGCAAGCACGGGAACUGGUCUCUACCGAGCUGGCCCGGCACCCGGACUGGAAGAUAGAAGUGGCGAGUCCAGAAGAUGUUGAGGACGCGCAUAAGUUCAUCCCGACCGUCCAGACGGAGGCAGAGAUCAUGAGGAGGUACCAGAAGUUCCCGGACGAGAGAAAGAAGGGGGAGAAGAGGAAGAAGAAGGAUGAAUUGCGAUGGGCCUUCGGGCACGACCAGUUCGGGUCAAAAUCAGCAGAGAAUGGGGAGUUCAACCCUGGUCAGCAGUACUUGAUGAAGUUGUACGAUAUUGACAGGAAGCACAUUGAUAUCCUGCAAGUAGCGGAGUUCGUUGGGAUCCUGUCUUUCGAUGCGGUCGGGACAGUUUUCAAAGAUGACAUCAAGGAGGCGUACAAUGAAAUACCAGAUGAAAUCUUCUCGCUCAACAUGGUUCCAACCAGCUUUCCUCGAAGAAGAAGAAGAUUUUGUUUCAUCCGCUGA